AUGCCAGCCCCCCUCUGCACCCCACAGGGCGCCUGUCUCCAUGGAACACCUCUGCCCCCAGCCCGGCUCUUCUCCCCGCAGCCCCAGCUGGGCAGUGGGCCGAGCGAGAGGAAGAUGCUGCUGCUGAUGCGGGUCGUGUUGCUCUCAGCGCUCUGCGCCACGGCGCUCGGCUGCCCCACCAUCAUCACCCGCUCCCAGUGGGGGGCCCGGGCCCCGACAAGCAGGACCCAGCUGAGCACCCCAGUGCCCUACGUCAUCAUCCACCACACGGCAGGGAAUCCCUGCACCUCACAGGCCUCCUGCAGCCGGCAGGUCAGGGGCAUCCAGAACUACCACAUGGACACCCGGCGCUGGCCCGACAUCGGCUACAACUUCCUGAUCGGCGAGGAUGGCAGAGUCUACGAGGGCAGAGGCUGGAGCAGCGUGGGGGCCCACGCCUACGGCUGGAACAGUAAUUCGUUGGGAUUCAGCUUUCUGGGCACCUUCUCCAGCAGAGCCCCCAACGCUGCCGCCCUGAACGCCGCCAAGAGCCUGAUCCAAUGCGCCGUCAACAGGGGCUCCCUGAGCCGCAGCUACACCCUGAAGGGGCAUCGCAACGUGAGCCAGACCGACUGCCCCGGGAACGCCCUCUACAAUGUCAUCACCCAGUGGCCCAGGUUCAAAGCUGACUUAUCUGCUAUUAGUGUUGAUAACACUGAAGCUCCAAGAACAGAAGUACUGGGCAUCUUAAACACUGUUACUGAGGAAACAACAUUCCAGCCUUCAGCACUUAACAACACCUGGGCCGAGCGAGAGGACGAGGAUGCUGCUGACGCGGGUUAUGUGGUUCUCAGCGCUCUCCGCCGUGGCGCUCGUGACAUUCCUCACCCCGUCCUCCCCCUCUCAGAGAUCCCGGCAUCCUGCCGCCAGAACGGUUAUGUGGGGGGCAGAGGAAGCCGCAACUUUCAGAACUGCAGGGGGACGGCACCUGCAGGCAGGGGCAGCACGCAGAGCCGCCUGGCCACGCCGCCACCUAGGAGACAGAGGGUAAUGCUGGCAGCUUCCCAAGUGCCGCCUGAGCAUCGGCACGAGGGUUUAUUGACCAACUACCUGGCCCCCCCCCACAUCGUCCUCCCAGGCACUUAUAGAGAGCAGCAGGUGCCGGUGCCCGGAGCUCACUCUGUCCAGCUCUGCAGGAAUCCAGGGCCGAGCGAGAGGAAGAUGCUGCUGCUGAUGCGGGUCGUGUUGCUCUCAGCGCUCUGCGCCGCGGCGCUCGGCUGCCCCCGCAUCGUCUCUCGCUCCCAAUGGGGGGCCCGGGCCCCAAAAAACAGGGUCCGGCUGAGGACCCCAGUGCCCUUCGUCAUCAUCCACCACACGGAAGGGAAUCCCUGCACCUCACAGGCCUCCUGCAGCCGGCAGGUCAGGGGCAUCCAGAACUAUCACAUGGACUCAAACGGCUGGUCAGACAUCGGCUACAACUUCCUGAUCGGCGAGGACGGCAACGUCUACGAGGGCAGAGGCUGGAGCACCAUGGGGGCCCACGCCAAGAACUGGAACCAUAAGUCGCUGGGAUUCAGCUUCCUGGGCAGCUUCUCCAGCAGAGUCCCCAACAACGCCGCCCUGAACGCCGCCAAGAGAUUGAUCCAGUGCGCCGUCUCCAAGGGCUUCCUGAGCCGCAGCUACUUCCUGAAGGGGCAUCGCAACGUGAGCCAGACCGACUGCCCCGGGAACGCCCUCUACAAGGUCAUCAGACAGUGGCCCAGGUUCAAAGCCUGAGUCCCUGCAGCCUCGGGGCAGCCCCUGACCCUGCCUGCGGCUUCUGCCUGCCCAAGCAGCACCUCCGCCCCCCAGCAGGGGGCAGCCUCGCGCUUCUCGCCCAUCUGCUGCCUCCUGGGGCCUGGAGAGCAGGGAUCUGAGAGUUGGGGUUACGCUCCCGUCUCCCCUGGGCUCUGCUGCCGUCACCCCAGGGCUCAGAUUUCUAAUGGUGCCUUGGAGCCAACUGCCCCACCCAGGUGGCUUCCUUCAGCAGAGGCCAGGCCUAGCCCCUCGCUCCCGCCCAGAACGGACACGUCGGCUCAGCCCGGCUCCACACACAGCCAGGCCCAGGGUCUGACUGCAUCCAGGGGGUGGGGCCAAUCCUCAGCCGAGCUCCGUGGCGACGGCCCUGCCAAUCCCUGGGCAGCUCAGGGAAUGUCGCCUCCAUUCCCGUGUUAAACGUCUGAGCAAUUCUCACUUCCAGAGUCAAACCCUCCUCUGCCCCCAGCCCCCUGACAUCUGCAGCAAAUUCAGCUGGACUCCCCCAGAAAUUGGUCGCUAUUUACCCCACCCCACAAAGGGAACCUGUAGCGACGUGGGACUCACCCCUGUGGCACCUCCUGCUGGUCAUCUCUGGGAAUUAGCAUGUCCAGCCUCCAUAGCGCCCUCUGCAGGCUGGUGUCCCACUGCUGCUUGGCCCCCGUGUCUCUCCCAGGACUCCAGUGCGCCAUUCUCUGGGGUGCUGCCCCUGGCAGUACACCCCUCUGUCUCAAGGUCUCCCCUCCCUAGGGAACUCCUACCCCCUCUCCCCACCUCGCCUCAGUCAUAGGCAACUGCCAGUCACCAACUAGCCCCGCUCCCUGGGGCAGACUGCAGUAUAAGCCACUCAUCACAGACAAGGGGUUUUGGGACCUGCUGCCUUUCUCUGCAACCCGGUACCUCUGGGGCCUUGGACAAGGCCCUGCACCCUGGGGAAUUGCCAGCCUACAGCUCCCCAACCCUACUUCACUGCCAGUCCCCUUUCUGCAAGCAGCCAAGCCCUGCUCUCUCCCAGCCUGGAGAGAGACUUCUAGGCCACUGGCUCACAGCCUUUAUAUACAGGCCAGCUGUGGCCUGACUGGGGCGUGGCCCCCAGCUAAGACUGCUUCCCCAAUCAGCGUAGUAGCAGCUUUCUCCCAGCCGCAGCCCUGUCCUAGGGCUGUCUUGAGCCCUUCAGGGCAGGAGCGGCGUAACCACCCUGCUACAGAACCCCAGUGUCCCCGAGCCCUGACCCGCAGCUCGGCCUGGCCCCCGCAGGGGCUGGCUCUCAAAGCUUUCAGCCCCAGCCCCUUUCGCCCCGACAGUCCAUUCCCGCCAGCCUCUCACCGAGGGGGGGCGAAGUGUUUGGAUCUUCACGCGGCAGGUGCCUGGGAAGGACCCGGCGGGUGGUUCGCAGAGUCCCACAAAGGGGGUUUUAAUUCAAGUGCGAUUUGCCUCUAACCCAGCACCCCUGCGGCUUAGGGCUUGCUUUGCUUGGGAGCUUCUGAGCAGUGACAAUAAACCAGCUUCUAACACGUGAAAAGUUGAAGUGCCGUGAAUCAUUUCAUCUCCUGUUAAACCAUAACCACCCCCCGCCACUGGGCUGGGCUGGGAGAGCUCAGAGGGUGAGAUUAGGG